AUGAUCGAACGUACAAAUAAUACGUUGACGGCUAAUGAAUUAAGAAAUGAUCGAGAUACACUCGAUGCUGAUACCGCGUUCAUCGAAGGAGGAACUACGCAAGAUGAACGGCCAGUGGUUGAUCCAACAUCACGAACUAUCACACGGCGAAAAGUGACAAUCUUCGUUUCUAUUGCUGUCGUCAUUGGCGUUGUUAUUUUAGUCAUUCUGAUACCUUUACUUGGUCUUCGUAAAAACGCUUAA